AUGACUGACAACAACUCGCGUGUGUGGAUUAAGGAGUUUAUCGAAGCAGUAAUUAAUGGAGAAGACGAGACGGGGCUUGUACAUAAGGUUCUUGCUGAUAUUGUUGAGUCCGUGGCAGCUGCUAUUUACAUUGACUUGAAAUUUGAUCUCGAUAAACUAUGGAUGAUUUUUAAGCCUCUUUUGGAGCCUAUAUAUACUCUUGAAGACUUGCGUGGUCGCCCCAUGGCAAUAUUGUAUGACUUUUGCCUGAAGAAAGGGAAGCGCCUUGAGAUCAAGCUGAAGCCAAGAGAUGAGACUGAAAAUAUAAGUAUUGCUGGUGUCUUUGUUGGUGACGUGCUUGUUGGCUCGGGUUCUUCUAAGGGGAAUAGUAAUGCAAGGCAGAAUGCUGCUAAAGAAGCUGUACAUAAGUUGUCGCAAUCGAUGGUUGUAAACGAUGGGUCCUUCGAAGGUAUUCCAGCUGGAAACGACAGGUCAUUUCGUAUUGAAGAAGCGAUGCAAAUGUUGCAUGUGCUUUGUGCCAAGAAGAGGUUGCCUAAACCUCCAGAGUACAAAGAAGACGUGUUAGGUCCUCCACAUGAGAGGAAAUAUUUAUACUCAGUUAAAGUGGUAACUUCAGAUGGUACCGUGAAAUCUGUGACGGGAGAUGAAAAGUCAAGAAAAAAAUAUGCAAUGAAUUCUGCAGCUUACAAGAUGUUCCUUGCUUUACAAGAACAUUAUAAUAUGAUCAACACCAUAAAGUCUUAUAGAAUGAUCAACAGAAAAGAAGCUGAUAAUAUGAUCGACACCAAAGACACUGAUCGUAUGAUCUGCUGGCGAGAUAUCCUAGUUCUAUUAGGAUAUUUCCUUCUUAUUCUAGUAGGAUUUUAUUUAUUUCCUUUUGUAUAGAUAUUAUGUGAUUAAGACUUUUCUUAUUUCCUAGUAUAAUCGUAUGAUCAAGACCAAAGAAUAUGAUUGCAUGAUCAAGACAAAGGAAUCUGAUUCCAUGUUGGAUUAUAUUGACUCACUACUCGACACACUUGGGGCUAAGGCCUAUAGGGUGAUAAUAAGUCUCCUGGAGUUUUUUUUAACCUAGUUUGUUUCUGCUUUAGUCUGCUACUUUGGGUGAAAUUAGUUGGUUUUUUGCUAAGUGAUUUCUAUGAAGGGUGAUGCGAC